AUGAUUAUUGAAGGAAAAAAAGAUUUGGUUCGGAAACAAGUUCAAUUUUGGCGACAACAAGGAGAACGGAUUGCAUUUGUCCCGACGAUGGGAAACUUGCAUGAGGGACAUUUAACGUUGGUGAAAAGGGCAAAAGAACUGGGAACAAAAGUCGCCGUAAGCAUUUUUGUCAAUCCUAUGCAAUUCAACAACCAACAAGACUUGGAUGCUUAUCCUCAUACUUUAGAGGAUGAUUACGAAAAGCUAAAGGAAUUUUCUGUUGAUUUAGUUUUUACGCCAACGGCACAAGAAUUAUAUCCAACUGGUUCCGCAGGUAUUACAUUCGUGGAAACUCCAAAGUUAUCGGAAAUGCUGGAAGGUGCUAGUCGACCAGGUCAUUUUCGUGGUGUUACAACAAUUGUAAGCAAGUUAUUCCAUAUAAUACAACCGGAUGUGGCAUGCUUUGGCGAGAAAGAUUUCCAGCAAUUGGCGAUUAUACGAAAAAUGGUGACGGAUUUGGAUUUUGGUAUCGAGAUUGUUGGCGUUCCGACUGUUCGUUGUGACAAUGGUUUAGCGUUGAGCUCUAGAAAUGGUUAUUUAACGGAGGAACAACGAAGGGUCGCUCCUGAUUUAUAUAAGAUAUUAUCUGCAAUGGUGAGGAAAGUGACUCAAGGUCAGCGAGACUUUGCUACCUUGCUUCAAGAGUCCAAUACCGAAAUGCGCAAGCUUGGAUUUCUUCCAGAUCAAAUUGAAAUUCGAGACGCUGAUACCCUAGAAUCUUGCAAUCAUGAAACAAAGCGCAUGGUCUUACUUGCGGCAGCUUGGUUAGGCAAGGCAAGAUUAAUUGACAACAUCCAGAUUAACUGCCCUUAUGAUAACGAAAUAAAAUGA